AUGUGACUCGUAACUAUGAUAAACCUGGACUCCCCUGGAUACAGUACCACCGCUAACCAGUCCUGCAACAUAGCGGAAUCUGACAACUUGUGGCUGACAGUGUCCACAGCAUCAGCCGUUGUCUCACCAUCCUCUCUGAUGGAGCCUGACAGAAACAGGAUUUGGUGUUCAGCAUGUGCAGACAGGGCCACAGGGAAACACUAUGGGACGUGGAGCUGAAAAGGCUUCUUCAGGAGGAGCGUCCACAAAACCCAUAACUACACCUGCAGGUUUAACGGGCGAUGUAUGGUGGAUGAAAUUGGAAGGAAACAGUGUCGAUUCUGCAGACUACAAAAGUGUUGCAGAUCUGGAAUGAGAAAGGAAGCUGUUCAGAAUGAACGGGGCCGGACCAGCAGCCGUAAGACUGAAGGACAGGCGGCAGGCGGUCUGUCCGUCAAUGUGCUGCUACAAGCUGAGGCCUGUGAACAGCAGGUACAGUGCCUGGUCUCUUUGGUGAACUGUGAUGUCAGCACCAAGAAGACAGCCUGUGUGGGAGAUGCAUUCGAGUCUAUGAAGCAGCAACUCCUUCUGCUGGAGGGAUGGGAAAAGUGCAUCCCAGAGUUUUGGAGCCUUCCAAUAGAUGAUCGGCAUGUCGGUAUGCGGGUCGCCCUGUUAUGAGCCUACUCCGGAGAACAUCUCAUCCUUGGGGUGGUGAGAUGCUCUCUUCUUUAUGACCACCUCAUCCUUUUAGAUGAGACAGUAAUGACUGUGAUCCCAGUGGGAGGCGCAGAGGUAGAGGUGUGCUGAGUGGUUUUUCGGAUCUAGGAGGAGCUGAUUAAACCUUUAGAGUUGGACAUCACCAAUAAGGAGUUUGUCUGCCUUAAGACCACCGUCUUCAUUGUUCCGGAUUAUUCGGACUUGCAGUGCCCUCAGGUGGUUCGGCGUCUGCAUUUCCAGGCUCAGGUGUUACUCGAUCACUUAACCAGCGAGUGGCGUGGUCACUUCGGGGAGCUGCUGCUGAUGCUGUGUCCUCUACAGAGUGUCGCCGAGAACAGGGUGGAAAGUCUCCAGCUAGCGAGACUGUUGGGAGAAGCCCGUGUGCACAGUUUGCUGCUGGAAAUGCUGCUGGGAGAGCAGGCGGCUGCAGGACAGAAACCAACGACGGGCACCAGCCCCUUCCUUCCCUCAGACAAGGCCAGAGUUGCCUACCUAAUCACACACCUAACGGCUCAGGUGCUCACAGGGGCUACCUCACUAUGGAACCGAAAGACGCCGGCCUGUGACAGCGCGGAAACCUUCAUGCAGGAGCUCUCCAAGGUGUUCGACACGUCGAGGAUCGGGUAA